CCGGCAGCCAGGACCCCAUCUCCCUUCUUUUUCCUCCCUUCCUCCUUUCCCCCUCCCCCUCCCCCGCCCACCAUGGCUCGCCAUCACUCGGAUUUGAUUAUGUGCCAGAAGCAGCCUGGCGUCGCGAUUGGCCGCCUUUGCGACAAGUGCGACGGCAAGUGCGUUGUCUGUGACUCGCUCGUGCACCCGGCCACGCUGGUUCGCAUUUGCGAUGACUGCAACUUUGGCUCCCUCCAAGGCCGCUGUGUCAUUUGCGGCAAUGUCGGUGUGUCUGACGCGUACUACUGCAAGGAGUGCACCAUCCUCGAGAAGGAUCGCGACGGAUGCCCGAAGAUCGUCAAUGUCGGCACCGCACGCAUGGAUCUUUUCUACGAGAAGAAGGGAAAAUCCGGCGGCGGCGGCGGCCUCAGCCUGGCGCGCGAUCUACAGUGACACACGGUGUUUUUCCGUGUCUCUGGGCCGGCCUGCCCUGCCCCCCUCCCCCCUGUCCAUCGGCAUCCGCCGGCCGAUGGGAAAUACACCACACAAAACAUACUA